AUGACCAGCUCGGUGUUCACGUCCAAACUCGCUCCUGCUGCUGACAUAUGUGUGGGACUGGCCAUCCUCUCCGUGGUUCUGCUCUCAGUUCUGGGCAAUGGACUGGUCCUAGUCAUCUGUUACCGCAGGAGGAAGAAGAUGGUGGGCUCUGAGCUGCUGUGCGUCAACCUAGCGGUGGUGGACUUCCUGGGCUGCAUCUGCUUCUACCCCUUCUCCAUGCUGUCGUCCUUCCACCACGCCUGGCUGGGAGGGUACUUCACCUGCAUCUACUACGGUCUGGGCUGCUACAUAUUCGGACUGUGCGGCAUGUUCACCAUCGCCGCCAUCAGCGUCAUCCGCUACCUGAAGACCUGCUACAGUCUGGUUUAUGCCGCAUGGCUGGAAAAAGCCAACAUCCGCCUCCUGUGCUGCUUCAUCUGGCUGGUGGCCGUGCUGUGGUCCAGCUUCCCUCUCUUCGGCUGGGGCCAGUACGUCCCCGAACCCUACGGGCUGUCCUGCACCGUGGCCUGGACGGGCUACCACACCUCAGCCAAGGAUGCCUUCUACGUCAUCUGCUCGUUCGCCUGCUUCACUCUGCUCCCCGUGCUCUUGAUCCUGGCAUCGCAGUGUCAGAUUCUCUCUCGAGUCUCCCGCUUCUCCCACUCGCUGUCGACCAAAGGCAUCAGCAACAACCUGCGGCGCACAGAGAGGCAGCUGUCCAUGAUGUUUUUCUGCAUCAGCUUGGGUUUUGUGAUCGCGUGGGCGCCGUACGCCAUCGUCUCCUUUCUCUAUAUUUUCCAUAAGGAGAAGAGAUACAUGGCUCCCGAGGGGUUCGUCUUUCCAGCCCUCUUCGCCAAAAGCUCUCACAUCUACAAUCCCUUCAUCUACUUCUACUUCAACAAGACUUUCCAGCGCGAACUGCGGCGCCUGCUGUUGACCGUCCUCCAGAGGCUGAGGGGCAACCGUGUCGGCGUCCAUUUCGACCAAAGCGUUCCACCUCAGUACCCCAUACAGAUCCAGCUGCAGGAGCAGGAUCCGAGUCGGAAGCGGGAGAUUGAUCUGUCGCACGACCGCUCACGCAGCAAAAGCAAAGCCAAAGACCUCCAGAGUGGUAAAAGCCACAUCAGCGGUCGGGUGGUCUACACCUGCUGGGCGUCUACACCGAAGAACGUUUCCAUUGUUCUAGACAACAAACGUGCCAACGGCUCGUUGCCUGUCUCCAUAUGA